UGUCAGUUUACAACAAAGUUGCUUGCCAUACGCGGAACAAAACAAGCUCGUAAAUCACUUCAGAUACAUGAAACCCAGAAACGCCGUUUCCUAUACAGCAUGUCUUGUAACCGCAGGAGGACAAAGGCGGUGUCUUGCAUCGCUAUCUUAUUUUGCACAACUGUGUUAAAAUAGUUAAGGUCCUGUUUGGUUGCCUCGAAUAGUAAAGUAUUUAUUGCUCUAACUUUGUUAAUACAAUUACUUGCUCUGUGUGGAAGCCUACAGGGUAGUUUGACGAAGUGAAAUAUAUGUUCGAGUUUUGUGUAUAAUGUAAAUGUGACGCGGUACUUUAUAUUGCAUCGCUUAAUAUAUUAACUUGUUCUGUGACCUGUCUGUAGAUCCAAAAUAUGGCUAAACGUAUCGAAGUUGAGGAAAAUGAAGGAUUUCGUUUAAAACAAAAGAUCGGAUUUUGGGGCGGCGUAGCUAUAGUUACCAGCGCGAUGAUUGGUUCUGGUAUUUUCGUAUCGCCCGGUGGUGUUAUCAAUGCUGUGCAUGGCAGUGUUGGGCUCAGUAUGGUUAUAUGGGUGGUGUGUGGAAUGGUUGUCGCUCUAUCUGCUCUUUGCUAUUGUGAGUUAGGUGCAGCACUGAAAGAAUCCGGCGGAGAUUACGCUAACUUUGAACUUGCGUAUGGAAAAGUGGUAGCGUACAUGUAUAUUAUGACGCUCAUAUUUAUGGACGUCGGCAGCGGUAUAGGCUUACAAGUCUUCGCCGCUUAUCUCAUCAGUGGAUUUAUUGGGACUGGAUGUAAAGCACCUGAGGUCUUCAUUAAAGUCGUUUCCUGCUUGCUCUUAUUAAGCCUUACCAUUCUAAACAGCAGAAGUGUGCGAUCAGUAGUGAAGAUCGAAAUAGUUUUCACAGUUGGUAAGUUUCUGGCUAUGUUCUUGAUCGGCAUUGGUGGCAUAAUACGUCUUGUGAAUGGGGAUCCAGUGGGCAAUGAGAACCUGCAGAAUGCGUUUACUGACAAGACUAUGGCAGGUAUUACACCAGGCGAUAUCGCGCUUGCAUUUUACCAGGGUAUGUUUUCAUACGGCGGGUGGAGUGUGCUGAAUACAAUUGCAGAAGAAAUAACAGACGUUAAGAAGAAUCUACCGAGAGCGUCGUUGUUUUCCCUCUUUAUCGUCACCAUUAUGUAUCUGAUUGUAAACAUUGGAUAUUUUUCAGUACUCUCUGCUGAGGAAAUGAUGACGUCACCAGCGGUCGCUGUUUCGUUUGCCGACAAAGUCUUAGGACCCAUGGCAUGGAUUAUCCCUUUUACUGUGUGUGUAUCGACAUUGGGCAACCAAAACGGUGCUUGUCUUUUACGAGGAAGGUUGCCGUUCGUCGCUGCUAGAAGAGGGCACUUGCCAAAAAUAUUUUCAAUGAUUCACGUCAAGUACUUCACUCCUGUCCCCUCACUUAUUCUCAACGCCAUAUUCGGUGUAAUAUAUAUAUUAUGUGGUGACGUUCAAUUCUUGAUAAACGCUAUGGGCUUUGUGCAGUGGACAGUGUAUGGCCUCAGUGCAGCAAGCCUUUUAAUACUUAGAUAUAAAAAGCCAGAUAUGCCAAGACCCUACCGGGUCCCAAUUGUCAUUCCAAUUCUAACCUGCAUACUCUGCACCUUGUUUGUCAUACUGCCGAUGAUUGAAAAGCCAAACGUCUUCUACUUUGUUGCCAUCGGUUUCUAUGUAAUGUCAUGGAUAAGUUACUACGUAUUCAUGGUGAAAAAGCAAACACUACCGGGAAUGAAAACUGUUACCUUGUUGCUGCAAAAACUUUUGUUGGUGGCAGAGACUGAUUACUAUGAAAGAGAUGUUUAACACUGAAAGGGGUGUGAACUUUGUUCAAUAGGACGUAUGUGCAAUCUAUAGGUUGUAUAUCAUAAACACGCCAUUUAAUAUUUUGAUAUCCUCAGAUAUAACAUGCCGAUGUCGCAAAUACCGUGAUGUAUGAACGCCUUAACUUUAACGGCAAUCGUUAAAUUUAAUAUAAUUUCCAAAGGUUUUUAGCCUAAAACCUUUUAAUCGCUUCGUUUUUAACCAAAACUGUAAUGUAAUACCUUUAUAUUUUUGAUCGAAUAAAUAA